UGGAUUGGUUGGUUGUAUGUAGUUCACAAUAACAAAAAAAAAACAAUAAUAGAACCACCAAAGGCAAACCGAAACCACUUCAACUAAAACUUUAUGCCUUGGCUUAUGUUCUUCGAAAUUUACUUUUGUAACCACAACUAGAAAAAGAUUAAUAAUUUAGGACCAAUUGCAUUUUCUUUACAACAAAAAUUAUUUUAAGUAAUAAAUGGGUCGCUUUUCUGAAAACGACAUAAUUAAAUUCCUUGAACUGUACAAGAAAAGCGAAUGCUUGUGGAAGUGUAAUCACAAGUAUUAUCGAAUAAAAUCUAAACGAAAUGAAGCCUAUAUUCGGAUAAGAGAUGCAAUGAAUUUGGCUAGCGUGCUGGAAGUGAAGCAAAAGAUUAAAUCUUUCCGGGAUACAUAUGCUUCGGAAAGAACUAAAGUGAGAAGAUCCAUGUCGAGACAUUCUUUUAAUGAAACCUAUAAACCGAAAUUACGUUGGUACAAUUUAGCUGAUUCAUUUCUUAAUAAUCCUGAAGGAUUUUUUAAAGUCAACCUUACUGUUGAAGAUCCUCAUACUAGACCUGAUGCUAUUUAUUCCAACUCACAAUCAUCUCAAGGUUACAGCAUGAUUAAUAAAAACCCAAUUGUAAAUCAGUAUCCAAUGCCUCGAGUUCAUGCUCCCAACCAUUAUCAAUAUCAAAAUAACAACAACUCAUCGCUGCAACAAAAUCAGCAGAAUUACAGACAGAUCCCUGAUAAUCCUGAACCUGAAAAACAACAUCCAAUCCAAUCUAAUGAAUUUUAUCACUUUGGCAUGAAUAUUGCCAUGCAAUUGGGCUCCUUGCCGCUUGUGCAAGCAUUAAAUGUACAAACGAAGAUUCAGCAAAUGUUAUGUGAGGAGCGCAUAGCUUAUGAACAAAGUCGUUAUGAAAUUAUUUAUGAUUCCAAUCAUUCCCAGUUGGCAGGACGAACUGAAUCGGACUUUGUGAAUAAUACACAAAGUGAUAGUAUUUCAAUUGAAUCCACCAUUGAGAAAGAUAAUAUUAAGGAAGAAUAUUUGAUUGAUGAACAAUCAUGAGAUGAUUUAUAAAUGUAUUAAUACCAAAUCAAUAAGUUAAAAAAAAAAUCUUAUUUGUUUCUUUUCCUUAGAAAAAAAUU